CAGAGGCGUCUGUUCAUGUCAUGUUUUGUUGUCAUUGUAACAUUUUAAUACCAUAAUAGUUAUUAUAUUAAGGUGUAAUUAAAACAAUGAAAAGUUAGGUUCAUAAAUGAAGAUGGAAACCACUACUAGCAAACAUCGGACACCCAGUCAAUGCAGAGAAUGGGAGCGUUUAAGAAGGAACAGAUUUAAUGAUGCAAUUAGUAAGUUAGGUGAAAUAGUGAAGGAUAUAUUAAAAGAUAAGCCUCAAUUUGAAGCAUCAAAUAAUGUACAAUAUCCAAAAAUAGAAAUAGUGCAAAAGGCAAUAUUAUGUCUAACAACAUGUGUUCAAGAAAAGACUCAGUUAAAAGCAGAAAUUUUGGCAUUGCAGGUGAAACUAGAGGCCGAAAAAAAUAUAAAGCCAGAUAAAAAGGAUGCAUGUAUCCAGGUGUCAGCUGUGGUUUGCAAAAAAAACAAAAAUGGCAAAUAUAUGAAAUUAGUAAUGUUACAAAAAUCAAAAAAGAAAACUGUAAAAGAGAACCUUUCUGCUAAUGAAGCUGUAAAACAAAAGAUUGAAGGAAAACCUUUGACCGAAGAUAAACCACCCAAUAAAAAUAUGCAAACAUUACCAAAGCUGUUGCCUUUAACAAGCACUAAUAAUAAAAAAGGAAUAGAAAAUACAAUUGUAAUGCUGCCAAGUGCACCAUAUAUUACCUUCCCCCAAAGGCCCUUAUUAUUUCCAGCAGUGCCACCUACUAUUGUCUUUUUAGAUUCAAAUUUACAACCAAUAAAUAAACCAGCAGCAAUACCCAUUAUAAAUAGAAACAAUGCAGACAUGACAAAAACUACAAUGGUUAAUGUUUUGCCUAUAUCAGCUUACUCCCGACCAAUGUCAGCUACCAAAACUAAGAAAAACAAUGUAAAACCAAAGCAAAAUGUCAAAAGAAAACAUGUUAAGAAAGUUGACAAGCAAACAGUUGCAGUGUCUAAUGAAUCAGAUGUCAUUAAAGAGGCUAUAACAACACCAAAUGAAAAUAUAAAUAAUAAGGUAGAUAAAGUGGCUGAGGAAAUUCCAGAAAUUCCAAACACUAAUGAUUGUAACAAAGAAUUAAAUAAAAAUAAUGAUAAUAAUAUGUGUGUAAAAAAUAAUAGUGAAUCCAGAUUUACUAAUAAACCACAAGAGAGUGAAAACGUAAUGAAAACUCCAGAAAAUUCAGAGCCGAAUACUACAAGUAUCAGUACAAGUAGUACCGAUUUAGUAAUUUCUACUUCCAUAGUUCAAAAACCUAAUGAAAUAUUAAAUAAUGAGUCAAGAGAAGUAAAUGCAAUAGGGUCCUCUAAACCUGACAAAAUAUGUCCCGAAAAAGAGUUAUUACUAGUAGAGAAAGAUAAGGUAAAUAAAUUACCAAAUAUACUAGAUACUGCAUUAUGUGAUAAUGUAGUCGAUGGCGGCAAUGCUCGAUUAGAAUUGGCUGAGGAGUUUUUAGCUGCUUCACCAACUGCAGCAUUCCUUAUGUCGUUCCCAUUAGUUAGUGGGAACAGAGCAGACAGUCCUGCUGAAGAACAUCAUAAUAUCCAAGCUAGUCCAAAGGAAAAUCAUCAAAGGAGGAAUGAGAUUUCAUCACAACCACCAUAUUUUCCAAAACCACACGAUGUAAAAGAAAAAAUAACUAAAACCGAUCAAAGUGUUACGCAAAAACCAACAGAACAACAAAAGUUUAUUAGCAAUGCAAAUAUUUCAAAGGAUAUUGACCCUAAAGUGUCAACUUUAAUUACGAAUUCAUCUAAUGACAAUCCGUUCUUGAACUUGAGUAUGCCAUCUCUCCCUCCAACGAGUUGUCCUCUUACUGAUUCAACAUUUUCAUUAGAUUUUGAUUGUAAUGUAUCUAAAUCAAAUCAACCAGUCAGUGUUGCAAGUAGUAAUAAUUUCUUCUACAAAAGUGAUGCAUUAAGUUCAACAAAAACAUCUAUUUAUAGUACUAGUAACAUUUCAUCAGGCCAUGAAUUCAAUAGUCUGGGACUUUAUCCUUGUGCGAUGGAGAAAUUUACUACCAAAAACAAAUCAGAUUUUUCUAAUAUGGAAGAAAAUCUCAUGAAGAUAGGACCCUCGAGAUUAACUUACGACAUCGACCUCGGUUGGUCGCACAAGGGUUUCGAUUUUGUUACUUGCACUACAACCUCAACUACUUUUAAUAAAGAUAACAUUUUAACUUCCGCCCCAUCGCAAUAUUCCACAGCGUAUAAUCCAUUUAAUCCUGAGUUUCACGUACCUCUUGUUACAAACUCGAGUAAGAAAGAUAUGUCAUGUAAAGCAAUAACAUCAUUCCCUGAAGCUAUUACAAGUUUUUAUUCCCAGCCAACUAACUUAUGGUCCGAAGACAUGACCUUUUACACGAGUAACAACUUUUCUAAGAAUUUUACACCUAAGCCACAAAACUUUGCCCCAAUGGACAACAAUACAGCUAAUGUCAGCCUUAAAACUAGUACAGUAAAGCAAUACGAAAAACUAACUUCAGAUACUGCCCCAAAUCAACUGAUCAAACCUGUGAUAGAAGGUCCACCAAUAGUUAGCGACAAAUACACAAAGAAGUCUCCGAGUAAAAUGCACAUUAAUUGGAUGACUUCUGAAAUAAGACCAAUGCAAAAUAAUUGCAACCCAAAUCAAGCAACUGUGAAGGAUAACCACAAGCCUUUAUACCCUCAAAACAUACCACAGAAAAAGCAAGAUCACAAUGGAGGGAAUUAUUUUCCUAUCAAUAUGCAAAAUUUCCCAUCGCAAGUCACCCAAGAGGAAUUUCAAGUGUGGCCAACUGCAAGGCCAGUCGGUACUACAGAAAUCAGUAUAGAGCCUCCGCCUAUUAAUUUACCUACACUGGUUGGUGAUUUAGCACUUGGCCCACAUGACAAAAAGAAGAAUGAUGCUUUAAACAGGGCGUUGCCACAAACAGAUCUGCAAAAUUGCAAUAACUUCUUCUCUGUUACACAGUUAAUGAAUCGCUCUUCCGACGUUAUGCCCUCUCGCUACCAAGGGGCUAACGUAGACACGCAAAAAAAUCCCACUAAACAAAGUAUUCCAAACAUCAGCAAUGACUCCCACCGAAAAGGAUCUCGUCUUGAAACGCACUUAGCGCAACCAUGUUACGUGUUUAAUGAGACCAAACCCGUAAAUUAUGAAACUAUGGGACACUUUACACAAAACAAACAGAAAAACAACAAAUCUGAUAAAAACGUCAAAAAUACCAAAACAAGUUAUUCAGCGGAAGCUUUGAUUCGAGGUGGACCCUGCAAUCAAAAGACACAAGAUACUACUAUAUCUAAAUUUAUGUUGCCACCACAAAAAUACAAUGAUUUCAACGUAACACAAGAAAGUGGAGUCGCUCAAGUAUCUCAUUUCCCUCCAUUACUGGAAUACCCUGAUAAUAGUUACGCAGGUCAACAAUUUUCUGGCACAACUUUGUAUAAUUCAACCACAAAUACUAUAUCCAAUUCAUUUUAUUCCAACUUUAUGCCUGGAAGUAGCAAUCUGAUGACCGGUAACUACACAAGCGGACAUUUCCAAAGUGAAUUCAUCGAUUACAAUCAGUCUACUGAAUGUAAUUAUACUAAUUACAAGUACGACGAUUUGAAAAUUAAAGCUAACACAUCCCUUCUACAAGACAAACCUCUUCCAACUCAAUAUAAAGGAUCUAGGAGAGAAUCAACAACAAAACAUAAAUUGGAAUGUUCAAAAAAGGAAUCGAGCAAAAAGUGCAACAGUAAAAGAGCUAAGCUUGGUAAUGAGGUUGAAGAAUGGAACGAUUCUGCACAUAUGCUUUGGCAAACUAAAGCUCCAACAAGAAGGCAUCCGAAUAUUCCAGAAGACUUUUCUUUUCCGAACUAUGUCGGCAAUCAGAUACCUGCGGGUAGUCAGUAUCAGCCGGAAUUGUUUAACACGCAUUUAAUGUCUUCUAAUAUGCAGAGUGUGAGCCACAAUAUCGACCGUUCCCUUGCUACCUUCCCACCUACUUCCCGAGCCAACUUCAACCUCAGUACUAUAUUUCCAGAAAUCACAAUGAAAGUGCAGUGAUGGAUGUUUAACGAAAUUAAAUAGUAUACGCAAUAUAA